CACCAAGUUCUCCGUGCUCUCGCAGUCUCAUUCGAAACUUAUUACGAACUUGUUCUUACCGCAUAAAUAUUACGAGAUUACAAAAAACAGUAACUUUUUUCAACCACCUAUCGGAAAUCGGAAAUACACUUGUACAAAAAUUUAUAACCUCACCAAUAAAGUCACUAGAUAUUUCGAUAAGGAAACUUCAAUGCUCGAAACACGUUCGGCUGUCUACAAAAUGCUCAAAAAUUCAGCCCAUCAAGAACGUCAGAUCAAUUACUGGCCUCCACCUUUUACGUCCGAAGUUACACCUUACCUCGAACAAACCGAUUUCAAUCAUCUCGUGAGACGCGGUUGUACUAGGAAAUCCCUAGCUCCAAGGAUAUCCAAGGUCAUUGUGCUUGGAGAUGUGGCUGUCGGUAAAACCUCCCUCGUUAAUCGUUUCUGUCACAAGUCCUUCGACAAUAAUUACAAAGCUACGAUUGGCGUCGAUUUUGAGGUUGAAAGAUUCGACAUUCUCGGUGCACCAUUCAAUCUACAAAUAUGGGACACUGCGGGACAGGAGAGGUUCAAAUGCAUCGCAGCGUCUUAUUAUCGCGGCGCCAAUGUCAUUAUGGUUGUCUUCGAUCUCGGCAGCCUCAUGUCACUCUCCCAUUGCCACCAAUGGUUGACUGAAGCGAGUAGGAGCAACAGCGCCGGUCGAUAUCACGUUUUUCUUGUUGGCACCAAACGGGAUUUGUUGUCGAGUCAAGUUUACGACGUAAUUGAAAAAAGAGCUUCUACCGUUGCAAAGUCACUGAGAGCAGAAUACUGGGCCGUUUCCGCGAAAAGUGGGGACGGUGUGAACGAAUUAUUCGCACGGGUAGCUGCCCUGUCCUUCGACGCGAGUGUUUAUCGCGAAAUGACGACAAUCAGCAAUCGCGACACUUUGACACUCGGUUCAAAUUUAUCCGCGCUUACGAAAGACAGGACGCAGGAAAUCAACACGAAUGGAAAAAAGUCGUUAUUCAAGUGGAACAUAUGCUCGAUUUUGUGAUCUUCUGAUCGAUGUUCUGUAGACUGUAUAAAAAAUUAUUAUUCCUAUAAAUAUAUGUACACGAUAUGUAUCUCGAAAAAAGCAAUCGUUUUACAUAGCUUUUUCAGCUCCCAGGGACGCAGCGAACAAUAAAAAUCCUGUUCAAGGUC